AUGGACGGUUUGCUCAAGGCCCAUCCGGUUGCUCCAACUUCCUUGACACUGAUUCACCCUAAUGCUGCUUUCCAGACCCUUGCAUAUGACCCCGAGAUGAUCAGUAAUCGGACUGCGCCAGAUAUACCCUACGGUGUGAUCCCGGGUAACUUGAGCGACAGUGACUGGGAUAUCCUUCUAGGCGAUGAGACACCUGCGGGAGGGCUCUGCUCAUCCGCAAAAGACAUGACUGCCGGAGCUCGGGCCAUUCUUAACAGCCCGGCAGUCACUCGACGAUGGAUAGGGCCAGUCGUGCACGCAUACUUCAUCAAUCCAUUCAGCUGCCGGAGCCCCGUGGAAGCCCCGUGGUGAAAUAUACUUGUUCGAGAACUUCCGCGUCAUCGACCUGUACACCAAAACAGGCGCCAUAGACCAGUACCCAUCGAUGACCUCACUCGUUGGCUUCGGAUUACAUCUCAACUGUCUUGAUCCUGGCACCUGAAAGAGUCGCCAAGGAACAGACACUCCAGAGCUUCAUGGGUGAAUAUGCACCGAGAACUUCCGACGCAAACUCCUCAAUCAUCAUCACCAAUACAGAUGAUGGUCCCGGGCCGGGUGUCCAUGCGUUGGUAUAUGGAAAUGUGAGAAUUGAAGAGUUCGUCUUUGACUGGUUGAGAAGGAAAAGGGCGUCCGUCUGUCCCCUAGUACAAUGCGAUUAAUCUAACCAAGACCUGAGUCUGCGUUUUGACCCAAGUUUGGUGUCAUAAUGCUCUGUGG